AUGAAAGAUGCAACAGAAGCACCAACUCAUGCUCGCUUCGACUACAUAGUAAUCGGAGGAGGAACCACCGGUUGUGCAUUAGCCACUACGCUAUCUCAAAACGCCAACGUUUUGGUUCUCGAACGUGGCGGCUCUCCAUAUGACAAUCCAAGGGCCAUGGACAUCGGAAACUUCGGCAACACACUCUUAAACGUCACACCAAACUCGUGGUCGCAGCCUUUCAUCUCCGAGGACGGCGUUUACAAUAUACGUGCGCGUGUCCUCGGGGGUGACUCAGUAUUAAACGCUGGGUUUUACUCACGUGCCGAAGAUUUUUACGUGGAGGAGGCUGAGUGGGAGAGGAGUGAAGUCGAAGCUGCUUACGAAUGGGUCGAGAGUAAACUUGUGUUCAAGCCACAAGUAGUGGGAUGGCAAUCUGCGUUAAGAGAUGGCCUUUUGGAGGCUGGUGUGAUUCCGUAUAACGGUUUUACCUACGACCAUAUCAACGGGACGAAGAUCGGCGGUACAAUCUUUGACCCAGCUGGCCAUAGACACUCGGCCGCAGAUUUUUUAGAGUACGCUAGUCCGGACACGAUUGUUGUCUACUUGCACGCUCUUGUUCACAAGAUCCUCUUCACCACUGAAGGAGACCAAAGGCCUAAGGCAUAUGGAGUUAUAUAUCAAGACGCGGAUGGAGUGUUCCACAAGGCAGAGCUGGCAACAAACACAAUGAACGAGGUGAUUUUGUCUGCGGGUGCUCUCGGGAGCCCGCAGCUUUUGAUGUUGAGCGGUGUAGGUCCUAGGGCUCAUCUUGAGGCCCACGGAGUGAAUCCUGUGGUCCUAGAUGUUCCAAUGGUUGGACAAGGGAUGGGAGAUAAUCCGAUGAACAGUGUUAUCGUCCCUUCUCCUCAACCUGUAGAAGUGUCCCUCAUCAAGGUCGUUGGGAUCACCGAUUUUGAUACUUUCAUUGAAGGUUUUAAUGGCUUGAGCCUCUCUUAUAACUUGAUCAGAAGGUUCUUCAAUUAUCUUCUAAGUCUUGCCAACGAGACAAGCCUCUCCACCCAAUCAAUCACAGACUUUCUCAAAUCCAUUGAUCCUCCAUUGGAAGUGGCUGAAAUUGACGGCAUGAUCGUCAAUAAAGUCGACGGUCCGGUCUCGAGAGGACACUUAGAACUCCGGAACAAGGAUCCAGAUGAUAACCCUUAUGUGAAAUUCAACUACUACCAAGAGCCAGAAGAUCUAGAGAAAUGUGUUAAAGGACUUAAAACCAUUAUUAAAGUGAUAAACUCUAAUGCAUUCUCCAAUUACAAGUACAUGAAUACAACCGUUGAUGAGCUGCUCAGACACAUGCUAAGCUAUCCUAUCAAUCUAAGACCAAGGCACGAAACCGCAAUGUUCAACUUGACGCAAUUUUGCAUCGACACCGUGAUUACUAUUUGGCAUUACCAUGGAGGUUGCCAAGUUGGAGGAGUGGUCGACAAGGAUUACAAAGUCUUUGGCAUCGAUGCCUUAAGGGUCAUAGAUGGAUCCACGUUUCUCAAGUCUCCCGGGACUAAUCCUCAAGCCACUAACAUGAUGCUCGGAAGGUACAUGGGACAGAAGAUUCUUCGGGAGAGAAAUGUUUUCGGGGAAAAGAAUGAAGGAUUAUUCGAUCAGUCAAGAUGA